AGAUAACAUAAACACGUCACAAAAACAGGCACGAAAGAAAAAAAAAAUGAUCCAACAUCUAGCAACUUGCUCCACCGCCAGCUCCCGGCUCCUCCUCCUCGUCUCCUCCUCUCUUUCCAAACCCUUCAUAUCUCUUUCCAAAAAGCUUCAAUUUUCUUCUUCUUCUUCUAAACCUAUUGCUUCCCCUCAGAACUCCAGAUCUAUAUCUUAUUAUCGGGCCCCAAUGAACUUCCUCAACAAACUCGGUUUUGGUACUAGGUCCCCUGACCCAUCCACCAUGGACCCAACAAUCCCCCAGGGCCCAGACGAUGACUUGCCCGCUGCUGGCCAGCAGUUCGCGCAGUUUGGAGCUGGCUGCUUCUGGGGGGUUGAAUUGACCUUCCAGAGAGUUCCUGGUGUCACCAAGACCGAGGUGGGUUAUAGUCAGGGCUUCUUCAAUAAUCCCUCUUACGAGGAUGUUUGUACUGGGACUACCAACCAUAAUGAGGUGGUCAGAGUGCAGUAUGAUCCUAAAGAGUGUAGCUAUGAGACUCUUCUCGAUGUUUUCUGGGCUAGGCAUGACCCUACUACCUUGAAUCGCCAGGGAAAUGAUGUGGGAACUCAGUACAGAUCCGGAAUAUACUACUACACCCCAGAGCAGGAAAAGGCAGCACGGGAGACUUUAGAACAACGGCAGAAGCUGCUGAACAGGAAGAUAGUUACGGAGAUUAUACCUGCCAAGAAGUUCUACCGAGCUGAACAAUACCACCAACAAUACCUUGCCAAAGGGGGCCGUUUUGGAUUUAAACAAUCUGCUGAGAAAGGCUGCAAUGAUCCGAUUAGAUGCUAUGGCUAAAUUGCUGCCUCCAGAAUCGGCAGACACUGUGGAGACUAGUUUGUUUUGAUAAGGCUUAAAUCUUUUGUAUAUUUUGCUGGGUAGGCAUGUCGUGCGAGUGUAGAUUUCAGGACAUUGAUCCUUAGAAGUUACAUAUAUAUAUAUAUAUAUGUAUAUAUAUACAAGGUGUAUGCAUUAUGCUAUUUGUGUAAGGCUUUUUUUUUUAUUAUUUUUGC